CGUCAUAACGCUAACCGCCGUUAGCGUUUCCCGUGGCGCAUGCCGCGUCGUUUCCUUUGCGGCAUGCUUUGCGGUGAUCUCGAGAAGAUCGCGCGCCUCCAUAGAGUUUCCUUAUUUUGGUGAGGAACCUUACGCGCGCCGCGGGAUAUCACAAGAUAGCUUUAGCCAGGGCCAAGACGAGCAGAGCGGGAAGUCGCUGCAGUUUGAAUCGCGAAACGCAGCGAAACCGACUUCGUAGAGAUGCAGGCAGCGGCUAGGCGUUUUCGUUUCACGGUCGAAACGGACAUUAACAUGUUGCGCGAGGUCCGAAAACGGAACCCGUACAAGGACACGACGCUGUGGCUGCCUGUGGCCGAAAACCUGUCCCGGACCGUCGGAAAAGCGAUCAGCGCGCGCGCCAUCAGAGAACGGUGCGAUCUUCUGCUCGCCCGGUUCGUCCAGGAUGACCGGGCCAGCCUCAGAAAGUCCGGCACAGAAGAACAACACCGCCAGAAGGAGAAUCUUCUGCUAGACGUUCUCCAAGUCGCCAGAAAGCACGGUUACCGUAUCCGCCCUGGCGCUGUAAGGAAGGUGGCGAGUGGCAGUGCUUCGAUCUGCCAGGCUCCGGCAGCCGCAAGCGUCGCCACGGACGACGACAGCAACACCGGCUCUGGAGAGCCGAACGUGUGGUCCAAAACGGUGUUUGACACGGUAGAAGUCAUCACUGGGCUGCCUGAGGGAACUUCAGAGGUGGUUGCGGACUCGCCACGAUCCCCUGCCUCCAAGGCGGAAGUAGACAACAACCAGACAAGCACUGCACAAACAGCAGCGGAGGGAGCAGUGCAAGGAGCCGGGGUUAGCGCUGCAGAGAGCACACCAAGGAAAGAAAGGGGAAAAAGGCGCGGAUCCGACCGCCACAUCAGGUUCUUCGAGAGAAGGCUCGCCUUGGAGGCUCAACAUAAUGAAAGAGUGGCAGCACAAGAAGACAGGCGGCUUGACCUUGAGGAAAGGCGCCUGGCCCUUCAAGAGCAGCAGCUGCAGCUCGACAGAGACGCCCACUUGCGGCGAGUGCACGAGUCUCGAGAGGCGCACGAGGAGCGUCGCCAAGAGAGAGCUAUGCUGCAGCAACAAAACCAGUUGCUCACGAAUGUUCUGGCAGCUGCUUGUCGAAAAACUUCAGAAAUGAACAUAUUGAUUGUGCCGUCUCUUGCCUGA